AUGAUUGGAGCACCAUCAAAGUGUUUCAACAAUCGACUAAAUCAUCUCUACGCUGCCCAUCACUGUUUAUUUCCUUGUUCGUAGCUGUACUGAUUUCGAUAAAGUUCUAUUUUACAUUCCAACUGAAAUGCCAAAUUCCAGCAAAGCACUCAACAUUGGUGAUUUAUUCCCAAACUUUCAGGCCGUCACUACUGAGGGUCCCAUUGACUUUCAUGAAUGGAUUGGCGAUUCUUGGGCCAUUCUUUUUUCGCAUCCCGCGGACUACACGCCCGUGUGCACUACAGAACUAGCGCGUGUCGCCACACUCUUGCCUGAGUUUGCCAAGCGCAAUGUAAAGCCAAUUGCGCUGUCGGUGGAUAAUGUCGAUUCACAUAAAGGAUGGAUUGAAGAUAUCAAAAGUUAUGGAAAUUUGAAGUCCUUUGGCUAUCCCAUAAUUGCUGAUGACAAGCGAGAAUUGGCGGUCAAGCUAAAUAUGCUGGAUAAGGACGAGUUGAACAAGGAUGGCAUACCGCUAACUUGUCGUGCUGUCUUCAUAAUUGAUGACAAAAAGAAAUUGCGCCUUUCUAUUCUAUAUCCUGCAACCACUGGUAGAAAUUUUGAUGAAAUAUUGCGUGUGAUUGAUUCACUUCAAUUGACCCAAAAUAAGUCGGUGGCCACUCCAGCUGAUUGGAAACAAGGUGAUGUUUGCAUGGUUUUACCAACAGUCAAGGAAGCAGAUGUGCCCAGCUUGUUCCCAGCUGGCGUUGAGGUCAUUCAGGUUCCAUCAGGCAAAUCAUAUUUGCGUAAAACGCCACAACCAUGAAUUUUUGAAGUCUGAAUUGUCAGCAGUUUGUAUUUAAAUGUUAAAAAUACGGAUUUUUUAUUGUUACUUUUUUGAAUAUAAAUAUGAAAUAUGAUCACAAACUUUUCAGAGUAAA